GGAGACCCAGGCGGAGGCCGCUGUCGCGGAGGCGGAGCUGGAAAAAGAAACGCAGGACGUGCUCGAAGCGGAACAGGCCGCCAAAGAGGCGGAAGAUGCGGCCACGGAAGUUCUUGAUCAGCAUGCGGCGGAGACGGGUGAGCAGCCGGACGCUGAGGUUGAACCGGAGGUGGAACAAGCGAUCGAAGAAGAGCAAGACGCGCGAAAACGCCUCGCAGAGGAAGAAGCGGAGGAGCAGAAAGCCGCGGAAAAAGCCGAAGACGCCGCUGCUGCGGCAACGGCGGCUGCAGCUGAGCUCGAAGAACUGGUGCCGGCCGAGAUGCAGGAACAAGCGGAAGAAACGAUAGCUGCCGCUGCCGAGGCCAAGGACGCGGAGACGGUAGCGGACGCGGCUCUGGAGCAGGCCGAGCGUGACGUCCACAACGAUCCCGCCGUGCCUCAGGAAGUGGUUGAGAAAGUCGAGGAGGCGGCCGCGAAAGAAGGAGAAGCGGACGACAAACUGGAAGUUGCCAAGCAGAAUUUGCUUGACAAGGCGGUCGAGUAUGCCGAAGUGGCCGGGGAAGCUGGCGACGACGAGGGCGGCGACACGACUCCGUCCGCCAAGCUGGCAGACCCGGGAUUCCUCGCGUCUGGUGCUGGUGACCAGGCCAUUGACACGGUUGCCCCCGCGACGCCGACAGCCAUUGGAUUUCUUGCUCCUGGUGUUGGUGACCAGGGUGGCAUGCCUUCCCCCGAGGCGCCAGGACAUGGUAGUGAGCAACAGGCCGCCGCAGCCGAGGUCGAGGAAGCUGCGCAGAAAUUGGAGGAAGCCCAGGACGCCAAAAAAGCGGCCGAGGAGACGGACGCAGAGGCGGACAAAGUGCUCGAGGAAGCGCAGCAGGCCGCGCACGACGAUCCGAAAACUCUAUCGAAAUGAGAAAUUUCCCCUCCCCAUAAUCCAUAAGUACUGCUCAAAACCCGACUUUAACGAGUCGUACAUUCAUAGAUCAUGUUAAUGUUUGUCUUACAGUGAGGACGAGUCGCAGGCAGUAGUUUGUAACCCUGAAAUUUUGUCUGAAAAGGAAUGGGAAUGUUGGUGUGCUGCACGUAAGUAGCUUUUUGGCAACUAUGUACAUGACAGAACAGGAGCUCAAUCGAGCAUGAUAAUUCGCCCGCGGAACAACAAUCAUUCCGCGGGCACCUCAGUCAUUGCGUUCUUGCAAGACAGAACAAACGUCGGUUCUAUAAUUUGUGGCCGAGUAGUUCUUGUUUUUUUUGUACCAGCAUGACAGCUUUCCGUUCUGAGUAGCGUAUGGGGAGGAGGGAUUCAUUUUGCAGCAUGAUAAACGUCCCUGAAAGUUCGUGAGGACCUGGACGAGGCCGUAGUGGAGGAACAGCACGCGGACAAGGCCCAGUCGGAGGCCGCCGUGAAGCGGGUCGAACUCGCGGGAGAGGCAGCGGAGUUUGAGGACGCUGCGACACCCGCACAGAUCCUCAAGAUUGAGGAAGCUGUGGACACCGCAGCGGAGACCCAGGCGGAGGCCGCUGUCGCGGAGGCGGAGCUGGAAAAAGAAAAGGAGGACGUGCUGAAAGCGGAAGAGGCCACCAAAGAGGCGGAAGUUGCAGCCGCGGAAGUUCUGGAUGAGCAUGCUCCGGAGACGGGUGAGGAGCCGGACGCUGAGGCUGAACCGGAGCUGCAACAGGCGAUCGAAAAAGUGCAACACGCGGAAGAACACCUCGCGGAGGAAGAAGCGGAGGAGCAGAAAGCCGCGGAAAAAGCCGGCGACGCCACUGCUGCGGCAACGGAAGCUGCAGCUGCGCUCGAAGAAGUGGUGCCGGCCGGGAUGCAGGAACAAGCGGAAGAAACGAUGGCUGCCGUGGGCGAGGCCGAGGAGGCGGAGAAGGUAGCGGACGCGGCUCUGGAGCAGGCCGAGUUUGACGCCCGCAACGAUCCCGCCGUGCCUUCGGAAGUGGUUGAGAAAGUCGAGGAGGCGGCCGCGAAAGAAGGAGAAGCGCACGACGACGCGAACGCUGCCUUACAGGAGUUGGUCAAUGCCGCCGUCAGAUAUGGCAGAGCGACCAAGCAUCUCGACAACGUGUUGCUGCACGUCCGCACGGGGAAGAUUCAGCCCGAGGAGGAGCCCACCGUGGAGGAGGUGAAGGCGGUUGUGGAGGAGGCCGCGCACCAAGUCAACAAGGCCGAGGAAAAGGAGAACAAGGCGGAAGCCAAAGUCGACGGUGCUGUGGCAAAGCAGGCUGAGACCGAAAUUGAAGUCGUCAAGGCGGGGGGCGAGAAUGCAAUGGCCAAGGCGGCCGUGGCCGAGGCCAAAGACGAAGUCGCCCAGGCGACGGAAGAGAAGGCUACGGUUUGCAAAUAGUAGCUCCUCUGGGAGGUGGUCGUCUCGAUGUCGGAACAACUCGUGAUGCUAGUAUUAAACUUACGUUAAAGGUGUGGGUGGUCUUCUCGAUGAAACUAUUGUUGCAUUGGAGGAAGGCUUUCGCUUUUUCAUGGGCAAUCCGCCUGAGAAACUGCGUUUUUUGCGCAGUACAGAUAAUUCAAAUUUUCUUCACGACCACCAUCCGGGAACAUAAAAAGGCUAGCAUUUAUUUUACAAGUUCCUCCACCUUUAAUAUUUCAGACCACCCAGAGGACACAAAAAUAUUUGCAAUGCAUAAAGGCGGCGGCGAAGCGAUCGUUAUUCGGGAUGAUCAAGGACUGGAUGCCGCGUUCUUUGAGGGGGUCGAGUUUUCUGAACCUGAAGAAGAUGAUGAAAUAUCGCAGACAAAAACUGUAACUGUUUCACUGUUGUUGUGGUUUUAUUGCAGGAAAAAUAUUAAAUCGUAUAUGGGCUGCAUGUCCAUGACCAUGUCGGUAAGGGUACUAAAUUAAAUGUAUGACCGGGCAGUAGAAGCCUAGCGAGCCUGUGAGUCUAGGCUGAGGCUGGUCGGUCGGUAUUCUAUACAGACCCUAGCCCUUCGGCCAUUGGUAGCCAGGACCUGAGAACGUUCCCCCAAUUAAGAGACGGCAAGCCAUUUCGCUUGUAAGAUUUGCCCACCCACCCGCCCUGGUGAUGUUCUCUUGUCAGAGCAUAGGUCAUGAGGCUUCGAGCCGCUUCGCUUUUCGCGGGGCUGGACAGAGGCCUGCGACGUCUUCGCGUCGGUUGUGGCGGGGUGCCCCAUCGCGGGCGCUCAUGCCCUUCCGGUGAAGACGGCUUCCCACUGGAAGCCUACGAUCAUCCAAAGGAUGAUCUAUCUCUGGCUGAUUCUGUAUAAAAUAAAAGGCUGGCCCGAACAGCACUCGGUCGGUCAGGUUGAAAGACGAAGAGCUUGCUCACUGAAGAUAAUGCAUGAUGAAUGUAUGACGGUCAUAAGAAUGAUAAGAUAGAUAUCGACCCGUUCUUACUUUUUCACCCGUGGAUCGAUGUUGGACCCACGAGGCAAACCUUUGGUGGAGAGGACUACACGGGCGAAGCUUAGGUGCCCUUUCUUGCAUUUCUAGCAUAGAAAUAAUUGCAUACUUGUUCUCCGCACCACAAGUUCGCAGCGAAACAGUUUUGUCUUGCGAUACGACCAAGGCGGCCACGCCGCAGUGAGGAGGAAUGGCGAGGAGAUGGACCAAGGCGGCCACGCCGCAGUGAAGAGGAAUGGCGAGGAGAUGCAGCUUCAACAAAAUUAUACCUAGAACCACAAAUCGCCUUUUGUGUUUUUCGAUUUUUGUUGCAAAGCUAUACCGCUCACCUUGA